AUGAAUGACGUAACUCACGUUUUCAUGGGGAAAAUCAGUCAUCCUAUCUAUCUAUCUAUCUCUUUCAGCCGUUCACUGAAACUACAUGUAGAGGUUUAUUUAAAUCUAUCUAUCAAAUCUAUCUAUUUCAGCCCUUCACUGAAACUACUUGUAGAGGUUUAUUUAAAUCUAUCUAUCUAUCUAUCUAUCUAUCUAUCUAUCUAUCUAUCUAUCUAUCUAUUUCAGCCCUUCACUGAAACUACUUGUAGAGGUUUAUUUAAAUCUAUCUAUCUAUCUAUCUAUCUAUCUAUCUAUCUAUCUAUCUAUCUAUUUCAGCCGUUCACUGAAACUACUUGUAGAGGUUUAUUUAAAUCUAUCUAUCUAUCUAUCUAUCUAUCUAUCUAUCUAUCUAUCUAUCUAUCUCAGCCGUUCACUGAAACUACUUGUAGAGGUUUAUUUAAAUCUCUAUCUAUCUAUCUAUCUAUCUAUCUAUCUAUCUAUCUAUUUCUAUCUAUCUAUUCACUGAAACUACUUGUAGAGGUUUAUUUAAAUCUAUCUAUCUAUCUAUCUAUCUAUCUAUCUAUCUAUCUAUCUAUCUAUCUAUUUCAGCCGUUCACUGAAAAACUACUUGUAGAGGUUUAUUUAAAUCUAUCUAUCUAUCUAUCUAUCUAUCUAUCUAUCUAUCUAUCUCUAUCUAUCUAUCUAUUUCAGCCGUUCACUGAAACUACUUGUAGAGGUUUAUUUAAAUCUAUCUAUCUAUCUAUCUAUCUAUCUAUCUAUCUAUCUAUCUAUCUAUCUAUCUAUCUAUCUCAGCCGUUCACUGAAACUACUUGUAGAGGUUUAUUUAAAUCUAUCUAUCUAUCUAUCUAUCUAUCUAUCUAUCUAUCUAUCUAUUUCAGCCGUUCACUGAAACUACUUGUAGAGGUUUAUUUAAAUCUAUCUAUCUAUCUAUCUAUCUAUCUAUCUAUCUAUCUAUUUCAGCCGUUCACUGAAACUACUUGUAGAGGUUUAUUUAAAUCUAUCUAUCUAUCUAUCUAUCUAUCUAUCUCAGCCAAACUACUUGUAGGGGUUUAUUUAAAUCUAUCUAUCUAUCUAUCUAUCUAUCUAUCUAUCUAUCUAUUUCAGCCCUUCACUGAAACUACAUUAGAGGUUUAUUUAAAUCUAUCUAUCUAUCUAUCUAUCUAUCUAUCUCUAUCUCAGCCGUUCACUGAAACUACAUGUAGAGGUUUAUUUAAAUCUAUCUAUCUAUCUAUCUAUCUAUCUAUCUAUCUAUCUAUCUAUCUAUCUAUCUAUCUAUCUAUCUAUUUCACACUGAAACUACAUGUAGAGGUUUAUUUAAAUCUAUCUAUCUAUCUAUCUAUCUAUCUAUCUAUCUAUCUAUCUAUCUAUCUAUCUAUCUAUCUAUCUAUCUAUCUAUUUCAGCCGUUCACUGAAACUACUUGUAGAGGUUUAUUUAAAUCUAUCUAUCUAUCUAUCUAUCUAUCUAUCUAUCUAUUCAUUCUAUUGUAUCUAUCUCUAUCUAUCUAUCUAUCUAUCUAUCUAUUUCAGCCGUUCACUGAAACUACUUGUAGAGGUUUAUUUAAAUCUAUCUAUCUAUCUAUCUAUCUAUCUAUCUAUCUAUCUAUCUAUCUAUCUAUCUCAGCCCCGUUCACUGAAACUACUUGUAGAGGUUUAUUUAAAUCUAUCUAUCUAUCUAUCUAUCUAUCUAUCUAUCUAUCUAUCUAUCUAUCUAUCUAUCUAUCUAUCUAG